GUGAUGUAAUUAGUAUCUCAUUUUUGGAGGGGAAGUGAUUCCAAAUUGGAACAUAUUUGAUGCCAAAAAUAGAAGAAUCUAAAAGAUCCAUUCCCUUAUCAUAAAUUCCUUUAAAAUACAACUCAACUCAACUCAAAUAUUUUAUUUUUAUUUUUAUCUAUAUUUAUCAAACGCCAUUAGAAAAACCUCUUCAUUUGAAUUUCAGAUCUGAGAUUUCAGUUGGGCGGUUGCAAGGAAUUGAUGUCAGGCAUGGAGGUCGCCAAAGAUCAAGAACUAGUAGACGGAACUGUUGCACAGGAGUCUGGAAAAUCCAUGCCGUCAUCUCAACAGGAGGAGGCAGUUGUAAAGAAAAAAUACGGAGGGAUUAUGCCCAAGAAGCCUCCACUUAUCUCUAAGGACCAUGAACGUGCCUACUUUGACUCUGCAGACUGGGCACUUGGAAAGCAAGGUGUUGAGAAGCCCAAAGGACCACUUCAAGCCCUCCGUCCCAAAUUGCAGCCUACACAACAACAAACACGAUAUAGGAAGUCUCCAUAUGCUCCAUCAGAUGUCGAAGAUGGAGGGAGUGGCCAACCAGAGGAUGGGACUGCCAAUGAAUGAGAAACUGCGCUCAAUCUUCUGGUUUUCCGAGAACUAUCGAUCGCUAUUCAAAUGGCUAGACAGGUAAUGAGUAAUUUUCAAUUGAUCUCGUGGAUAAACUUGGUGGUGAAGAUGUUUCGAUAUCUGUUAAAAGUUCAACAAGUUACAAGAUUUAUGGAGUUGUGAACUGUGGGAACUGAAAUGUCUAUUGUUCCAAGGUUAUUCUAAUGUGGAACAUUAUUCUUCAUAUAAUACGAGUAAACCACUUAUAUAA